AACUGACAUUGGUUGUCAAUGUCAAAUUGAUGAAACAUAACCUAAUCGGAGACCUUAAGUUCUAAGGCAUUAAAUAAAAACAAUAAAUUCAAUCUAUAUCUGCGAAAUACGACUAAAUUCAAACAUGAGUAUAAUCCUUAAAAAUACUGCUACUCUGUUACGGACGCAAAUAACAUAUCGGAGUUUGAGCACUACUCAAGUUGUAUGUCUGAAAGAAUGGCGGGAGGAGCGAGGAUUGCCGCGUAAUCGCAAUGCCGAAGGGCUUCUCACUGACGGUCCCGACUUCACCUACUUAGAUGGACGACCAACACCGCUACUAAAAAAACAGAAGAAAAGAAUGCUGCUGCAAAGAGAAAAUGCCUCUAGAAUAGUAGAAUUAAUAUCUGAACUAGAUUUUGCUAAAGAGAGAUACCAAAAAAUGGAGGCUGAUAAAGAGCAAGAGAGACGAAAUAUCAUUGCAAACAGACUGAAGCCAAAGGGUGCAGCAUUGGCAAGAAAAAAGUAGAUUAUGUAAACUUUGUAAUAAUUGUAGGUUAGCUGUAAAUAAAUAUGUUAUAACAUUA